CUGAGCUUUCCUGCAGAGCAGCUGCAAAAAGGCGUAGGGGAGGGAAGAAAAAAAGGAGCCAUGUCUGCUGUUUGGCUACAGAUUGGCCAGUGCGGUAACCAGAUUGGGCAGGAAUGGUGGCAAAUGAUCACCAGCGCAAAAAACAGAGAAGGUGACAUGUACCCCUUCUACUCGCAGGAUGACAAGCUCAGUGUUGUCUGCGUGGACAGCGAGCCCAAAGUGGUGCGGAGGCUACAGAAGCAAAUCAAAAGAAGGGUAUUCAGAGAGUCUAAUCUCAUUGUGGGGAAACAAGGAAGAGGGAACAAUUGGGCGUAUGGUUAUCAUGGGGUCCGUUCGGAGAGCGAGCAGAACUUGUUCAGGCGGACGAUGGAGAGCCUGCGGAAGGAGGUGGAACGCAAGGACUCCUACUGUGGAACCGUGCUAUUCCACAGCCUCAGCGGGGGGACAGGAGCUGGCCUAAGCUCCCGGUUGUGCGAAGCCCUCCGAGAAGAGUACCCGCUCGGUUACAUCCUGGCUGUCUCCGUGGCUCCUCACCAAGCUGGCGAGAGCCCUCUUCAACACUACAACUCCUUGCUGUGCCUUUCUUGGCUCCAGAGGUAUGCAGAUGGCAUCCUUCUGUUUCACAAUGACGAGGUCCUGAAGCGAGCAGCAACGCUGCAGGGAAAGGACCUGCCUGAAGCAUCAAGCCAGGUCUCCCUCUCGGCUAUGAACACGUAUGUCGCUUCCUGCCUGGCCGGGCUUCUCCAUCCGCUCAAGAUUUUCACAACACGAAGUGGGAUCAGCCUGGGGACAGAACCCUGGGAGCUCCUGCGCUCUGUCUGCCCCAUGCCCACGCUGAAAUUCCUUCACACAGCUCAAGCCAGCUCAAGGGGAACCGUGUUUUGGGAUAGCUUGGCAUCUUCGGUGGUGCAGCCGUUGCCUCGUGAGUGCCCAGCUGGGAGCCCUCAUCGCAGCACAGCUCUGCUCGCCGUGGCCCGCAGCCCCCAGGAAGACGCGUUCCUCUUGAACCACAGUUCGGUGCUGACGAAGCUGAAGCGGGCCUACCGCUGUGUGCCGUGGAACCCCUUCUCCGCCAAGUACUGGACAGACGCCGCCAGCCUUGCCACUCCAGGCCUCCACGACCACACCCUGACCGUCUGCGCCAACCACAGCAGCUCAGCCGACUUCCUGCAGAGGGUGGAGCAGCGGGCGCGAGCCAUGUACAAGAGCAACGCCUUCCUGCACUGGUACUGGAGGCACGGCUGCGAGGAAGGGGAUUUUGGGCAUGCCUUUGAGGCGCUCCGCUCCGUCGUGGAGGUUUACAGCCGCCUCGGGGACUGACACGGGUGGAUGAGGAAUCUCCGGAGCAGCACUUUGUAACACGCUGAAGGCCACGCGCUUCGGAGGGCCACCUCCCAAUGGAUCUUGUCCUGAGUGGGCCACACACCCACAUGCUGGAUAUGGCCACUGACUACUGGCCCAAUUUGGCCCUCUGUAAGCUGUCAACACAACUGCUACCACCAGAGGCCUCAGCUAAGCGCAGGAGACUCUUUGAGCUG